ACAGAAUAUCCACAGCGAAAGUAAAACGGUCAAAGGAAACAUUGGAAAUUACCAUGCCGGUAGUUUGCUGGCGUUGCAAAUCUGCAUUUCACACUCAUUUGGUAAGGAAUCCUGAAGUUGUACGGAAAAUUUCAUCAUGUCAAACGAAAUCGUUUACAAGCGUCGAAAAUCUGUUGUCAUUCAGCGAACGAAAAAGAGAACAUCGUCCAACGAUGAUGCAUUUGAUCGAAGGUACAAGGCGGCUGUUAAGGCCUAUCACAACUACAUGGAGGGAUUAAACCUGAUUCUGAAGGAGAAAGAAGCAAAAAUUUGCAAAAUUCUUCGUAAGCGUAGCACGCCGCUCUGGUUUCAAGAGCUGACCGACGAGCAGUGCGCCAUCUGUGACCAGCUGCUCGACGCCAUCGCGGACGAUACGGAUGAGCGUACGUUCCAUCGCACAUCGGCACUGCUCCGAAAGCUAGGCGUUUAUCCGAUUUGCCCCAACAGAGUCCUGCGCACCUCGCUGAUUCUAUGCAAUGGGAAUGAUCUGUCCUUCAUCUGGCUGCUGCUCGAGCUACAUUACAUACGCAGUCCCGGGCAGGACAAUAAUUCCCCCCGGGCGAAGGAUUACACGAUCAACGAACGGUUGCUUCUGUCGGCGAUUGCUCACCUGGAUAUGAUGACCACGUUGCGAGGAUUGGAGAAAGUGCUGCCUCCAAAGAAACCUACGCGUCCGACCUCAGUCGCAGCGAGCGUUGCUGAAACAUCCCAUCGAAAGUCCCCUUUCCCUCGGACCAAAUCUCCAUAUCUGCAACGGCAAAAGGUGUUCGUAACGGGUUUCACCGUUCCGGUGAAGAUCCAACCUCAUCGGGACGAAUUUCUUGGCCGGUAUGCAAAGUACCGCGAUCCGGAGCACAUUAUUCGCAACGAAGAGUCCCGUUGGUUUACGCGGUGCGGAGGAUCCCGGCGCAAUCUGUACUCCAGCGAGUACUACCUCUCUGCGGACGAUUCCCAGUACAUGUGUUCGAGCAGCAACUGCUCGAUCAACAGUGCCGGUGCGGUCGUGAUGGACCUGUUGAAUGACCACAUCCGUAACAUGGUGGCACGGGUUGAAUGUUGCCAGAUGCUCUGCCCCAAACACCACCAACUGGAUGAGCAAGGAGCGAAGGUGUUGGAAAUACUGCAGCGAAACACAUCCGCUAAACAGGUGCUGAUGCAGGCGGUUCGUGCCCAGUGUGUACAGUGGGCCGACGAGGAGCAACAGAACGACGCCAAACGCCAGGUGGAGAGUUUGCUGAAGCGCCUGGCGGACGAGGCGGUAACGAUGGCGAUCCUGGAACCGACCAGCGAUUGUCCCGAGUGUUGGGAGCGCUUCGAAGUGCAGAAGAAGAUGCUGAAGGGACAAAAGUGUAACUGCACAGAGUCGGAAGGUUCGGACACGCUGGUACCGGAGUCGAUGGCCAAUGUGGACCAGCGUUACUUUAAGUUCUGCGACAAACCAGUUCCGUACGAGUUUGAUCAUGAUACAAUAUUUUACGGAGAUGAGCGGGUUGAGCCCACGUGUCCGAUCAAGUGUGCCAUACAGCGUGCGCUCGGUGUGGACCAAACCGGCCGGAUUAAGGACACGGACAUUGACCAAGCGAUCGAGCGGUUUGCCAAGAUGACGUGGGAAGAAGAGGUGAAACAUUGGCAGGAACGGACCAAGGCAACGGAUGAUGACCACGAAUCGCCAUCGGUGACGACGGAUCCGCUGGACGUUAAAUACAUCGAGGCGACCGAUGGGACCGAUCUACAGGAUCUGUUGAAGCGCGCUCUUCGCCGGCUAACCGAAAAUCCAAUGUACCUGUUAGCUACCUUCCCUUGCGUCGAUCGGCUACCGAUCCUGCAGGCCUGGAUUCGGGAUCGCUACGACGUGCCGAUCGAUCCGCGGGAAAGGGAAGCUGCGCUGCUGGAAAGCAAACACUUCUGGAACUAUCUCAUACCGCGUGCCACUUCCGUGCGCUGGCCAUCGCGCAAGGAUACUGGACUGCAGCUGCAGGUUAACUGGAACUACAAAACCAAGCUGGAAACGACGGCGGCCAGUUUGAUGUACAAAUUUUACCGAAAGUUUAAAAACGUUCAAAUACAAGAGGGACGCAUCUGGUGGACGAGCAUGGUGCCGUACCAUUCCGGGCCGGACAGAUUCCGGCAGACGUUUUCGGCCUACUUUCCCAACUGUGAGCCGGCCAUGGUACCGCAGGUACGUCCGUGGCGUCCAUUCCAGUACCGAGUGAUGCCAACGGCGAAGGGUACGAACAGCAGAACCAGAUUCUAAGCCAUUUCGAGUUUGAAUUGAAAGUAGAGCAUUCGUCGCACGAAAAAAA